AUGGCAAAGUUUCAAAUUAUAUUCUUUGUCUUAACUGUUGCUGUAUUUUGUGUGAUAUCUGCUAAACCAUUUAAUUUAGCUCCUGAUGAUGAUGACUCAAACAAUGGAAAUAAAAAUAUUUUCAAGAGAUCUUUAUAUUUAGAUAGUGAUCCCGAAAAUACUAGUGAAAAAAAAAAUGGAGAUGAUACAAAUCCACCACCAGAUCAAGGAAAGAAACCAAUUUUUAAAAGAUCAGCUGAACAACUUCCAAGUGAUUCAAUGAAUGAAGAUGAUGAUUCCAGUAGCAAUCCUAAAAAUAUAUUUAAACGAUCACCAGAUGAUCCAGCUAAACCAGGACCACCACCAGCAGGAUCACCACCACCAGCUGGUGCACCACCAGCUGGUAAACCACCAGGACCACCAGGCCCACCAGGACAACCUGGUGCACCUGGUGCACCUGGCGCUUCACCACCACCAAGUACAGCAUCUAGUUAA